AAAUUAAUUAAUUUAUUACUCAACUAGAAAGUAAAAUACUUUUGUACAUUUGACCAAAACGUAAUUUUGCAUACAAUAAAAGCCAUGGAAGCAUUUAGACUAUAGCUAAGGUGAUCAUAAAACUUCUACAUAAAACCAUUAGAUAGAAGUCCUUUUAGGGAACAUUCGUAGGCCGGCUAUAUUUUGUAUUGUCAUCUCCAAUCUAUUAUCCGUUAAUUGCUAAUUAAUAUAUUUAGAUCCAUGUAAACCUGAUACAUUUAAUUAACUAUAAGCAUAAUUAAAAAGUCACGGACGGUCACAUUUUUUUUUUUGCGCCACUUGGUAUUAAGAAAUCAAUUAAAAUAUCAAUCCAUACAUUUUCAUUGCACACUUGAGAUUAUAAUUUAGUUCCAUCACAGCAUUUAAUACAUAUGAGAUAACAGUUAAAUUAUUCUCUCGUUUAUAGAUACACCUACAUUUUGCAAAGAACAAAACAUAACUCGAAAUUUAAAAUGCAGACAUAAUUUAUUUAUUUUUAACUUCGAAUCCACAUUGGUUAAUCAAGAAGUUCAUAUACAUAUACAUGUACAUAAAGACAAAUGGUAAUAUUAAAAACCCACAAAAUCCGUUUAACUAAAGCGAAACAAAAAGAGUGGUAACCAUAAUCGAACAUGGAAGCCACAAUGUAGUUGACAUCAUCCUAAAGGUCCAAACUCGUUAUUUAAUUCAUGAAAACAUAACUUAUAAAUAAUCACUCGCCAAAGUCAUUUCUCUUCACCACCCAAAUCCCAUUUCAUAGUCAUACCACAAGAUGGCGACCAGUUCAUCGACGAACAAAGUCAUUGUCUUCACACUUUCCCUUAUCUUGGUCGCCUUCCAAGUAGUCCAUGCAGACUAUUACCGUCCAAGGCCACCGGUUACCCCUACCCCCUACGUCCCUAAGCCAUGGAUCCCACUUCCGAGCCCUAAGCCUGUUUAUCGGCCUCCUACUAUCCCGCGUCUACCAGCUGGCUCGAUCGCAAGACAGUUCCUUGACCCACAUAACGCUCUACGGUCUAGACUGGGUUUGCCUCCACUGGUUUGGGACAGCAAGUUAGCGAACUACGCGAAAUGGUGGGCGAACCAAAGGCGUUACGACUGCUCGUUGACCCAUUCCACAGGCCCAUACGGUGAGAAUCUGUUCUGGGGAAGUGGCUCGAGCUGGGCACCAGGAUUCGCGGUGCAAUCAUGGGUGGUUGAAGGCAGCACAUACAACUACAACACCAACUCGUGUGACGGAAGUGGAAUGUGUGGUCACUACACUCAGAUGGUGUGGCGUGACACCAAAAGGCUCGGGUGCGCUAGUCUGGUCUGUGACAACGGUGCAGGAGUUUUCAUCACUUGUAACUACGAUCCUCCGGGUAACUACGUUGGCGAGAAGCCUUACUAAGAAAAGAAAACACUUUAAACGGUGUGUCUUUUUUUAAUACUUGAUUGCAUUUAAUUUCUUUAUAUUUCUGUUUCAAAUUUCUCUGUGAAAUUAAAAUUUCCGAGACAUUUAAUAUGUAUGGAUCAUCGUUUUGUUUUUAUUAACGUUUCUGAUGUCCUAAUGGCCAUCCUCAAAUUCUUGUUGACUGGCCUUAUUAUGUAAACAUCGUAAAAAAAUGAGUGAGUUUUUCUGGGAGUAACAUAAGGAAAAUUAACCCGAAGUUA